AUAGCGGAGGGGGCAGGACGCGAGGUAUCAUGGAGGAUCAGUGAGCAAACUGUGGCCAUCAGAGACGAGCAAACGACGCUCUUGUCCCGGGGACUUUCUUCUCACUUUGCCGCUUGAGUGCUCCCUCGUUGACGACUAAAUAUUUCACGAUGGACAUGAAGAAGAGGAUCAUUUUGGAGCUGCGGAAUCGAGACCCGGCAGAGGUAGCCGAGAUGGUUGUGGACAACAGCCAUUCGGUGAGUGGCGAAGUGGAAGGUCUCUCAGACAAGUUUGUCGAGCUGGAGGUCCUCCGUAUGAUCAACGUUGGUCUGAAUUCGCUGGCCAAGCUGCCCUCGUUGCCCAAACUACGCAAGCUGGAGCUGAGUGAAAACAACCUGUCUGGGUCUUUUGAGACAUUGUCGGAAAAAUGUCCCAACUUGGUCUACCUCAACCUCAGCAGCAACAAAAUUAAGGAGCUGAGCAACGUGGAGGCGCUGCAAAACCUGAAGAGCCUUCAGAGUCUGGACCUACUGAACUGCGAGAUCACAUCGCUGGAGGAUUACCGCGAAAGCGUGUUUGAGCUCCUGCCUCAGGUCACCUACUUGGAUGGCUUUGACCAGGAUGAGAACGAGGCGCCCGACUCGGAGGCCGACGAAGAAGAUGAGGACGGUGAGGACGGGGCGGGGCCAACGGGCGACUACGACGAUGAGGAUGAGGACGAUGAUGAGGACGAGGAAGACGGCUCGGAGGGAGGAGAGGUGGGGCUGAGCGUUCGUGGGAAGAGGGCCACACAUCAGGAGGAGGAAGAAGACGAUGAGGAAGACGACUAUGGCGAGGAGGAGGAAGAGGAAGACGAGCGAGCGGACGCUCAGGGACAGAAGAGGAAGAGGGACGUGGAGGACGACGGCGAGGACGACGAAGACGACGAGGAUGACUAGCUGUGUCAUGCGUGUGUGCGUGUGUGCCCAUCCCCUCCUACGCCAGGUGUCAUCCCUCUCGCCCUGCCCACCUCCCACAAGUAGGGUUGCAAAGGGGGAGAAAUUGUGCAAAUUAGAGACUUUGGUGGGAAUUAACUGGGAGUUGUUGAGUACAUUUCUUUUUUUAAAAUUGACAAGCGGCCAAUUUUUAAAACAUUGCGAGAAGCGCGCCAAAUAGCAUGGAAAAUGUCUCUUGUUUGGGGGGGACAACUCCCCUGCCUGAGGCCAAAGCAAGUUCUGCUUUGACUCUGGCUCCAUCUUGUGGCUAUGAGUGGGACGCUCAUUUUAGUCAAAUGUCUGAAACCAAUAAUGGCGGAAUGGAUGAGAAUAAAAGCAAAACGCAACACAAAAGCAAUGAAUUUGAAAAUGCCGCAAUUAUGUGAUUGAAAAACAAAAUCUCUCCCCCCCACCCCCCUUCUUGAUAAAGUUGUGUUAAUUUCAUUUGUAACCUUUUUGCAAGUUGCCAUCAUUUUGCAACCCUGCUUGCCGUCAGUCCGCUACGCAGCCGAACUCCACUAGGGUCUAAGAUGGCCACCACGCCAACUUUGGGAUCUUUUGGACUUAUCGUCGAGUCCUCCAACCAGUCGGGACCCUUCAUCCACCCUGGCUCCUGUCCCUUCGUGAUGACAUCGCUGACUUUUAAAGGACAUGUUAUAUAAAAGAAAAGACUUUUUGAGCACAAAAAGUCAUCUGACCUUUGAGGACAGAUUUACUACCCCCCACAAACACAAACCAAAGUUGGUGCACUUAAGGAGCGCCCUUUCAGGACUCUGUGUGUUUGUGGAUCAGGAUCUUCUUCCUCUGUUUUAGCCCAAUGAUCACAUGACUCUCCUGCCCUACUCCGCUCCCUCUUUUAGAAAUAUGCACACCGCCGUAUGAUCCUCUUCCUUAUCAUCUUAUCAAUAUUAUUAUUCUUCCCCGAGUGUGUGUGUUUUUGUGCGUGUGUUCUAUUGUAACUUUUUACACGUCUGGUGACUUUGGAGUCUUUUUUUUUGGGAAGGGGGGUUCAAGUGAUGUGAAAUAUUCCAAUAAAGUUGAGUCCAGUCGCUGCAAAGCAUUGUGGGAUAAGGGAAACCAACAUUUAUAUCUAUAAAAAAAAAUUGACAACAGAGCAAUAUUUCUAGAUUUUUACAAAGACAAAGUUGCUUUAUUGUAAUCGGUCGUUUAAUUUAGUGCUUAAUUUGUCGGGACGCAGCGGGAGCUCGACAGCUGUUUUCUGUUUGUCACUGACGUCAAAAUAAAUGUUUGCCGCUUUGAACGUUCAUUAUGAAAUGUUUGUGUAAAUACGUUUUUAUGCUCUUUGGGUCUGAUAGAAAAUGAAAAUAAAGUCAUUUAGGUGAA